CUCGGGGCAGCCUCCCUUUUGGUUUUAUGAGCGCUGAGGAGUUGGAGGAGCACGGCAGGACGGAUUUGACGGAGAUCAACCGGUGUAUUUUCAAGACGGUCCCAGAGGAGGGGAAGCUGCCGCACGUGGAGGACUUGUCUUGGGGGCCUGCCAGCCCUAGCUUACCUUCUGGAUGUUCCGUCGCAGCGCCAUCUGGCGAGGCUGCAGGGGGCUUACGUUCUGGAGGAUCCGUCGCAGCGGCAUCUGGCGGGGCCGCAGGGGACUUUCCUUCUGGAGGUUUGGUCGCAGCGCCAUCUGGAGGCGCCGCAGGCCCUUCGUCACCCAUGACCGCAGCUCCGAGGGAGGGCGGCAGUCUCACCCCGAGGUCGGUUGAGCGUAGACGGAGAGACACCGCCCAGCGUGCGGGGGAGUUGCUAGACACCAUGUUGUUCGGUCGCACUGAUCGACCAUGGAGCGAGACGAGACGGGUCACGACGGCGAGUGUCGGUCAUCAGCCAGGUUUGAGAGGGGCUACCACGGCCGUGAGACGUCGAGAUGUUAUAGCUUCAAGGUUUGGUGGUAGAGGCGGUGGCGGUGGUGGCAGUUGUGGCCAGGGCGAUGGCAUACGUGAGGGUGCAGGAGGUGGCGCAGCGAGCGCAGUGGAUCCGCCCUUGACGUACGGUUUGAGAGAGGCGCCGAUUAUUUUGCAGGAGCCUGGCGUUGUCACACAACUGAGGCAGGAGAAACACGUGCCCUUAGAUCGACGCUGGGAGGGGGAGACUUCAAGGACAGACGGUCUACCUAUGCUACGCGAGUCACGCCGACGUGAUGACCUAGCAGCCGCAGGUGUAGAUAGGACGGUGAGAGGCAGGAGAGUCAUUAUGGACGACGACCCCGACGAGCGUCCGGUCGGUCCCGAGCCUUCCGCUGGCAGACGCGGCGGCCAGCGUCGGAGAUAUUGAGGACGUGGCAGUGGUUGGUCCCAAGGACGAGGUUCUCAUCGGUAGUCUACUUUUCAGUGUGUAGUUUUCUGCGC